CAACAAUCUGGUCGCUCUGUAGUUUCAACAUGAACCGCUUUGUGUGCCUGCUGCUUCUGGGACUCUCCUCUCUGUCUGUGGACGAUUGUGCUGCUGAUGGAGAUGGAUACUUCAUGUACGCUGACUUCUGGUGUGCCAUCGAGCAGACACAGGUGGAGUAUCUGGUGGACUGGUAUUUUAACAAAGAGUUUACGAUGCAGUACAACAGCACGGUUGGGAACUGGACGGGCUUCACUCCAGCUGGAUUCAUCACUGCGUCUCUGUUAAAUGAAGACAAGCAAGAUGCUCUACAGAGAAAAGUGGAGAGGCAACUGAUAUGUGUCAACAACGUCGGUUUAAUAAUCAACACAACUGAGGAAAACAUAGCUGAACCCAGCGUAACUCUUGCAGAGACCACCAACCAUAACGGCACCGUGCUGGUGUGCAGCGCUUAUGACUUCUACCCCAGAUUUAUCAGGGUGGCGUGGUACCAGAACGGACAGGAAGUGACCUCGGGCGUGACCAUAAGCGAGGUCAUGACCAACGGGGACUGGACCUAUCAGGUCCACUCUUACCUGGAGUACACACCUGGAGGACAGGACAGAGUCAGCUGUAUGGUGGAGCACGCCAGCCUCAGGGAGCCCAAAAUCUAUGAGUGGGGUAGUCAGUCUGAGAGGAGUUACCUGAUUGGUGGAGUUUGUGCUCUACUGUUGGGAGCAGUGUUUCUGUCCGUGGGACUGAUCCAGUACAGGAGGAAACGCUGUGACGCGCAAUGUUCAAACCCUUUAUAAUCCAGUAAAUAACCUGAAACAUUUUCAUCUAAUAUAAAAAAAUAAAUGAAAAACAAUGUGUAUAUGCACAUUUAAUACAAACAAUGCUGUAUAUUUUGCUGUGGAAGUGACGUGAAAACGGUCAGAAGAACAUCCAACUCAAUGCUUUAUACAGGCAGCCGGUUAUUUAUUAUUCACAGUGCAUAUAGAUGUUUCUGAGUAGCUUCUGAUCCGUAACUAGAUAGUAACUCAUAGCUGCUCUAGCUGGCCCUCUCUCAAACUGAAGCUUCACCAAAGCUGAUAGUAAUGUUUGUAAGACUUAAGAUGUGAGUAUUUUAACAAUGGACCAAUAAAUCGUUGACUCUGUGCAACAACAGUCUACAUCCAUGCAGCUCUGUUAGGCUGUACUCAGGCUCUGCUUUGAGCUAAAUUCUGACAGUGACAAUGCUAAAACACUGAUUUCAUUAAUCUUGCCGGUAUUUGCUCAUAAAGAAAUGUACUGGUAAUGAUUAGGAUGAUGUUGGAUGAAAGGAAAUCACCAAAGUCAAUAGGAAUCAACACCUAACCAUGAAUGUGAGUACAAAAUGGUGAAUUAAUUUACUGGCUAAGUUUAAACUUUGACCUGCUGGUGGCGCUACAUGAAAAGUCAUUGGAUGACAAAAACUAAUUGGUAUUAAUCAUCUGGGGAUCAUCAAUUAUUGUACCAAACUUCAUGGCGAUCCAUCUCACAGUUGUUGAGAUAUUUCACUCUGGACUCUGAACACACCAACGCGUCUGAGCUCCCUGUGACCCUCCGGUGGUUCCAUCCCAGCGUCACCACGGUUACACACACAGGACAGAGAGAAGAGAUAUAUGUGUCAGGGAACCUCCGUCUCCAUGACGACGGUAAACAGGUCUUUCAGUGUGGCUUACACACAGGUGAAACAUUAGCCGCACAGAGAGAAAGAAACCACACACACACACACACACACACACACACACACACACACACACUGGUCAGGACAGAUGGCGGAUUCACAGCGAACAUCUGAACCCAUCAACUUUGUGCAUCAAGAUGAAAUCUGGUAAAUCUGCUAACUUUUACUUUUCUCACUGCUGUGUGUCAUUUGUGUUUUAUUUAAAUCACUCUUUUUGAAAAGGGGCUUAAGCAUUUGGAAAGAUGUUCGCAGUAUUGGUGGGGGUCAUUCAUGUGGAACUGGAUGUUUAAUAUUACCGAAUAUUAUCUUCUGAUAUCUGUCUUGUUUUAAAACAUAUAAGAUGUUCAAUACAUGAAUGACAUAGUCCAGUCUUUCUGUAUGCUUGUUGUGAAUGAGUAUUAUCAUUAUUACUGUUGUUGCACUUACCAUUACUAAUAUUACUGGUAGUCUUGUUAUCAUCCUUAUUAUUAUUUUGAAUCCUCCCCUUGUUCCUUUUCUUUUUAAUCUUCAUGUGAAGCACAUUGUGUUUCCCCCUUGGUGUGAAAUAUAGUAAAUACAGCAAGAACAGGUGUUUGUUAGAAGAGAUAAAAUCAUAUGCCACAAUGAGAAAAAGUGUUAAGUAAAAGUUUAAUUCCUUCAUACGUAGUAAUAAUGAGAAAAAAUAUGUCAAUGCAUCAUAAAAGAUAUUGUGUUACAAUGUGAAAA